CCCAGCCCUCUCCCGGGGCUGCAGGCCGGAGAGCUCGAUCUCGCUUUGCACCGCGCGGUCCCAGGAGGAGACAGCCGCCACCGUGCCGGGCCUCUGGGCCACUUCCCGGAGGUGAUCUCAAUUAUACUCCUAUUGAAAUAAACCUGUAAUUUCCAAAAGUGGAAGAAAAUAAUUUGCUGAGAUGUCAGCUGGGGAGUCUUCUCGGAAAACCCUGGAAACAGAGAGCUACCAUACAAGAUUCAGUGCCUGGACACCCUUUAGCAACAUGUCAUUAAACAGACAGCUCUUUCAGGAAAGAAUUGCUCUUAUAAGUCAUUGGUUUGACCUCUGGACCAACAAGCAACGCCAAGAAUUCUUAUCCACAAUUUUUUUACGAUGCACUAAAUCACAAUUAAGGUUUGUCCAAGACUGGUUUUCAGAAAGAAUACAAGUGACCAAAGUGGAUUUCUCUACAGUGUUACCACGCUUCAUUUCUCUAUAUAUCUUUUCCUUUUUGAAUCCGAAAGAUUUAUGUGCAGCUGCCCAAGUCAGCUGGCCCUGGAAGUUUUUAACUGAACAGGACUGCUUAUGGAUGCCCAAAUGCAUUAAGUUUGGAUGGUUUCUGCCCUAUACUCCAACAGAUAAUGAGUAUGGUGCUUGGAAGCACCAUUACAUUGCUUGUGUGUCUAGCUUAGAUUGGCUAACACCUAGGGAAGCUGCUGCUAUUUAUGGGACACUAAACGAACCCAAAACAGAAGAGGAGGAGCUCCUGGAGAGACAAAGAGAAAAGUGCCUAAGGAAAAUAAUUUGGGAGAAAAUUGCCCUACAUAAGAAGGAGUUAUUCAAAGUUCGACCCCCUUGGGUGAGUGGAACACGCUGCUCUAGCUUGUUAAAACCCAAAUGCCAACCACGCCUCUCCCAGACUGUGAGAGAGCGAGUGGGAUUACAUGAAGCUUUGGAGAAACAGCUUGUUUUGGCAUCGUUAGAAGCCUUGCCCAGGCGAAGCAAUAUUUCUGGAAGUCAUUCCUACCCUUUAUUAUCAAAGAGAAAUGGGCUUGGAGUCUAUAGAAAUGAUGACAGCUCUUCAUGUGCUUUACAGCCACACUUCAUAUUAAUAUCAUCUCGCAUUCCUGCAUAUGAGAUGGUAGUCGAGAGCGUGAAGGCUGGUGUUGUUUCUGUGGUGUAUGAACACAGUGGCAUGACGCUGGAGAGUCUGCUCUAUCUCAUAGGAAAAGCUCUGACUGGACGGAAGGCACAGAGCAUGGGAAUAUUUAGCGAUGGAGAUAGCAGAGAAAUCAAUUUACUCCAAGGCUAUAAAAUUGGUCUUAAAAAUUUACUGAGGCCUGAAGUGAGAGACUUCUGGGAGAAAUUAGGAAGCUACGUGGCCACUGAAGAAGAAGGGGGUCAUGUGGACUUCUUUGUGCCCUUUGGAGCAUCAGAAGCCGGAAUUGAAAUUCUCUCUCAGCUGUCUCAACUAACUGGCACAUUCUUUACGGCCCCCACUGGGAUUGCAACUGGCUCUUACCAGCACAUUCUCAGUGAUUGGCUGGGACCCCAGGGGGAAAGGACCCCUCCUUCCAUCUACUUCAGCGAAUCGAAGUUGCAGAUGUGGUCCAACUUCAUGGACUUCCUGGAAGAUGCCUUGAAGUCAGUAAGGAAGCAAUUACGUCCCUUCUUCCAGGAGCUACAGAAGAACAUCAGUGGCAGGAUGAUAGGGCAGUUUAUGUUUGACACCAUGAAUAUGGCCAGCAUGCUGAAUAACCAAGAAAUUGCACAAGUUCUGGCAGAUGGAUUGAUGGAGCUGUUGAAAGGAGAUUCUGAAAGAAACGUUAUGAAAGAUAAUUCUCAGGACACAAAGUCAAGUCUCAGCAAGAGUGAUCUAAAUGUUGAAGUGUUGAUUAAUCUGGAGAGAAAGCUCCAGACAGGCUCAGCAGAAAAGCGUACUCAUGUUGUCAGAGAACUCUUCCAGAGUGAGAGAAAAUUCGUGCAGAUGCUAGAAAUUGUGAGAGAUGUUUAUGUGACACCACUGAAAGCAGCUCUGUCAUCAAACCGAGCAAUUCUGAGUGCUGUCAAUGUCCAGAUCAUAUUCUCUGAUAUUCUGCGAAUUUUAAGUCUCAACAGGCAGUUUCUAGAAGACCUGAGAGACAGACUGCAGGAAUGGGACCCAGCUCACUGUGUGGGGGACAUAGUCAUCAAGUUUGGAAGCCAGUUGAACACAUAUACCAAUUUCUUCAACAAUUACCCUGUGGUUCUGAAAACAAUAGAGAAGAUGAAGCAAAACAUCAAUAUGAAGGAUCAGCUUUCAGAUAUACAGAGAAUCAUCCGGGGGUGCCCUACUCUAACAGAAGUAAACAGAUAUCUGAUUAGGGUCCAAGAUGUAGCCCAACUUCACUGCUGCGAUGAGGAAAUACAUUUCUCUUUAAGGUUCUAUGAACACAUCCGUGACCUCAGCCUUUUUCUCUUCAAUGAUGCACUACUUGUUUCUAGUCGAGGCACAUCUCAUACUCCAUAUGAAAGGACUUCAAAAACAACCUACCAGUUCAUUGUAUCAGUGGCCCUUCAAAGAUUAAUUGUAGAAGACAUUCCAGAUUCAAAGUAUGUCAAGAAUGCAUUUAUUCUUCAAGGUCCAAAAUGUGAAUGGAUUUGUGCUACAGAGAUAGAGGAUGAUAAGUUCCUAUGGUUGUCAGUACUUCAAAAUGCAAUCAAAAGCAGUAUGGAGAAAUGCGACUGGAUUUGAAUACAUCAGGGGUGCCAAUUCUCCCUGGCAAAGACAGACGUGUAUUUUCUGCUCCAGAAUAUCCAGUAAGAAACAGAAAGAUUACUUGUCAUGGAUGAUGAGAGGAUGAACGAGGAUGA